AUGCACUUACCUGUGCAGGUUUGGUAUGGGAAUGUUGGACAUCCUAGGUUGUCAAGCUAUGCCAAGGACCACAGCUGGCUGAAUCGGACCGGCGAGCACCUUGUUUUCCCGCCGGAAGAAUCAGAGUUCAAAGGCGGCGCAAGACAUUAUAUCGACACAAUUGAUGAGAUGGCACCUGAUCUUGACUGGGGUAAAAAUAUUCGCAUAGCAUUGGACAUUGGAUGCAAAAGUGCUGGAUUUGGAGUUGCUCUACUCGAGAAGGCUCAUGAACUUUAACUUUUCCUAAAAGGAAUGUAUUGAUAUGGCGAAGAUACCAAGUAAUCUGCACAGAGCACAGCAGAGUGAACUGGAGGUCUAAGAGACGGCCUUCCGCCGUACCCUGUUGAAGGAGGGCUUGAGUGGCUGGCUAGCGCUGGGCUCAAACGGUAGCAGCG